CCCAGCGAGCCUCCCACGGCCACCGGAAGUGCUGCAUAUUAGGCUGAGGCUGCAAAGUGCGUCACAGAACAGAGCUUGCGAGAAUUAACACUCCAACCCAACAGUCCAACACCGAUCGCAACGCAUAUUUACUUCUUCUUUUUGGAAUACAACGUGUUUGUGGCGCGAUGGUGAAGAUCGCUUUCAACCCGGCUCUGGCGCAGAAAGCUCUCGUCAAGGAGCCUGUUGUGAAGGACCCCGAGCUCGCUACUGCUCCGGUGGGCAUCGCUGGCUCCACAGGUCGUUGUUUGGUCACUCUGCUGGGCAUUGCCUUCAUCCUCAGUGGACUCAUCGUCGGGGGUGCAUGCCUCUAUCGCUAUUUCACUCCCAAGAGGCUGUAUCAUGGCGCCAUGCAGUUCAGCGACAUGUCAACGGUUGGCGAUGCAGAGAGGCAGCCUUACUAUCUCCCCCGGGUGGAGGAAGAAGUGGAGAUUACUGACAGCAUGGCUGUCAUCAGCGUCCCACCUCCCAGUUUCAGGCCCGGAGACCCCGCUUACAUCCUCCAUGACUUCAACAGGAAGCUUACAGCAUAUCUGGACUUGACUCUGAAGACUUGCUUCGUGAUUCCCCUAAACACUUCGGUGGUGCUGCCUCCUCAAGAUCUCAUUGACCUCUUCUCACAGCUGAUGUCCGGCUCGUACCGUAGCUACCUGGUGCAAGAGGACCUAGUGGUGACCGAGCGCAUUGAGGACAUCAAGCCUCUGGGCUCCUACAUCCGCAGACUGUGCGCUGGCAAAGAAACCUACAAAAUGGAGCGUCGUGCCAGCCUCCCAGGUGGAGGCAUCCAGAAGCGCUCAGCAGAGGAGUGCUUCACCUUUCAUCAUUUUGAAAACAGGUUUGUAACUGAGACUCGGAUCUGCAAGGCUUGAUGGGAGCGUUGUCCGAGUGUGAUAGUGAUAACCUGAGCGACGGAGGCAGAGAGAUGGUGGGAGGAGGUGACAAAGGGAACAGGCUUCAGUUGAAACGUUAACAGUUGUAUUUAAGUGCAUCUCCAGAAUCGGUUUGCAUUCUUUGCUUUAACCCUCAGUGAUGUGUUUUAGUCUCCUCUGCUACAUUCCCUUAAACCUUUAAUGGUCUUAGAUUUCAACUAUUAACCCACCGUCUUGUGCAAAAAAAAACAAAAAAACAACAGACCUGCAUCCUCCAGUUCACUGAGGAUUUACAAACUAUUUGUUUCCUGUUUUUAGUUUCUGUAGCUGCCUUCAAACUCCUUGUUGUUAUUCUUCUGUAUUUCAACAUCUGUAUUACAGGAGACCUGUAUGUGUUAAUUAGCCUACUGUCGCACACAAUUGUAAAGCUACUCGUAUACUUAUGAGAUGUAAAGUAUACCAUUGUGGGUUUUGUCAUGUAGUAGUAUGAUAGCACACAUUACCUUGGACAUGUUCCAGUGUCUUUACAUAGAAGCACAAAUCCAGGAGGCACGUCCCUGAUGUCUCUGCUGGACUGCUGUCGUAGAAUGUUUAUUUCAUGAUAACGUACCUGAGAACAGUGUAGGUUCAUACAUGACCUGUGUGUUUAACCUCAUUUGUGUUUUAAAGACCCCAAUGUCACAACAUAUAUUUUGUUCUGGUAAUAAUCUGAAUUAUAGACUCAUUUAUGUUGUAAAAUUACGGAAAGAAAUCCUUGGUUAUGGUCCAGUUUUUCAAAAAUCACAUUUAUUUUGAAUUUCUUGAAAAUAUAAAUGUGCUUAAAAAUAAGCGCCCUAGUGGUCCCGACUACUAAUGGCAAUCUUACAUGAUGUCUGUCCAGAAAGACACUCAAACGUGAAGGGUAUUUGGAAUUUGGUAUUUUUUCUUUCCCCCCCAAACAAUAUAUGAUUAUUGAGCCACGUGUACAGCCAUUUAACAGAUCUCACUUUGUUUGGUGAUUAAAGCUGAAUUUAACUUUC